AUGUCGCCCCCUGUGAAGCUGACGUUCCAGUUCCUGGCCUGUGCCUUGGCCUCCUGCUGUCUGGCUCCUGCAAGACACGGAGGAAGCGGCCUUCUGAGCAGCCCCGUGGUCCCCCCGGACAGGACCACCCCAGUGUUCACCCGUGCCCUGAGCUUUGGGGACAGAACCGCCCUGGUUGACCAGCACGGCCACCACAGGUACGCGGAGCUUUAUUCCCGCAGCCUUCGCCUGUCCGGGGAGAUCUGCAGGCUCCGCAGGUGUGCUGGCGGGGGUCUCCGCGAGGAGAGGGUCUCCUUCCUGCGCGCUAACUACGCCUCCUACGUCGUGGCCCAGUGGGCCUCGUGGAUGAGCGGCGGCGUGGCGGUCCCCCUCUACAGGAAGCACCCCGCGGCCCAGCUGAGGGGUGUCAUCCGCGACUCCCAGAGCUCGGUGGUCCUCGCCGGCCAGGAGUACCUGGAGCUCCGGAGCCCGGUGAUCAGGAAGCUGGGGGUCCCGCUGCUGCCUCUCACGCCAGCCGUCUACAGUGGAGCUGCGGAGGAAGUGGCAGAGGGGCUGGUCACGGAGCAGGCGUGGAGAGAUCAGAGCGCCAUGAUCAUCUAUGCCAGCGGGACCACAGGGAGGCCCAAGGGUGUGCUGAGGACGCACCGCAGCCUCAGGGCUGUGAUGACUGGGCUGCUCCCCAGAGCAUGGACCAAAGACGACGUGAUCCUCCACGUGCUCCCGCUGCACCACGUCCAUGGUGUGGUCAGCGCGCCGCUCUGCCUGCCCUGGGUGGGUGCCACCUGCGUGAUGACGUCGGAGUUCAGCGCUCAGCAGGUCUGGGAGAAGUUCUUAAGUUCUGAAACGCCACCCAUCAGUGUGUUGUUUAUGGCAGUGCCUACCGUAUACACCAAGCUGAAGGAGUACUACGACAGACAUAUUACCCGGGCGCAUGUCCAGGAUUUCGUCCGUGCCGUUUUCGAAGAAAAAAUCAGGGUCAUGGCCUCAGGCUGCGCCGCCCUGCCCCUCCCCGUGCUGGAGAAGUGGAAGAACAUCACAGGCCACACCCUGCUGGAGCGGUGCGGCAGGGCUCUCUCCGGGCCCCUGAACGCCGCAGCGCGCGUGCCAGGUUCUGUGGGGACCCCGCUGCCAGGAGGGCAGGUGCGCACUGUCUCCGAAAACGCACAGAAGGAAGGCUGCGCCCACGCCGUCCACGCAAAGGGAGACGAGAGGGGCACCACGGUGACCCCGGGGUUUGAAGAGAAGGACGGGGAGCUGCUGGCGACGGGACCCUCCGUGUUUCGAGAAUACUGGAAAAAAAGCGCAUUCACCGGGGAUGGCUGGUUUAGACAGGGGGACACCGAGGUGUUUGAGGACGGCCAGUGCUGGAUCCAAGGCCGGAGCUCCGUGGACGUCACCGAGACCGGAGGCUACAGGGUCAGCGCCCUGGAGGUGCAGCGCCCCCUGCCGGCUCCCCCCAGCAGCACAGACGUGACUGUGAUUGGAGUCCGGGGUAUGACACGGGGCCAGCGGAUCACUGCUGUGGUGACCGUUCGAGGACACUCACUGUCCCACAGGGAGCUCAAAGAGUGGGCCAGUUCUGCAGGCUCUAUGGCUAAAUAUAAUUGUUGA